ACUUUUUUUUACAAAAACUACAUAUCACCUUUUUUUUUUAUACCUUUUUUUUUCCAGCCAAUAUAUCACCUUAUUCAAGGUAAAGAAAACAAGUAUUCAAAAUGGUGGACAAAUGGGAGCACCUUAAUUCAAGAGUGGAUUAUUAAAUCUAUAAAAUUAAUGGCUAUAAAGACUUCCCAAGUCACCACCCCAUUAAUGAUAUUCACAAAAGGCCAAUAACAAAUCAACUUCAACCUCUAAAAUAAAAGAAUGGGAGUUCCAUCAAAAAAAAAAAAAAAAUUUAAGAAAUGAUUUUCCAAAUACACAACCCAUAUUUUGUCAUUGUCAAUAUGACUCUACCUCCUCUUUCGGUGUGCAAAAAACAGAGGAAGAUCACCCUAUAACUAUUAAGAUACUUCACCCCACUCCUCCAAUUUUCUCUCUCCUCUAUACACUUUUUUUUUCUCUCUCUCUAACCUUCUUCAACCCCCCUUCAACUUAUCUAUCAGUCAACUUCUUAAAUUCACAACUCGAGCCCACAUCUAAGGAGAGUUUGAUCACAUAUAAGCUUGACGAGGCUUCAUCGUAAACUUAUUUUUAUUUAGUUGAUGGCUUCAGCUCUGUGUGAUUAUUCGUGGACAUCAUCGCCUUCCAAUGGUCAUAUGCACAGCUCUUUCGAUAUCAGGAAAUCAGAAAAAAGUCCGGCCAAAACUUUACCAGUGCUGGAAACUCCAAUCUCUUCCUCAUUACAAAGCAAUAUUCCUGCUCCACCUCCCCUGCCAAAAUUGAUCAUUGCAAAAAGGAGUCGUCGAGAGAGUUCACAGGAGUUAUGUGGCAUUCCAAAAGAAACAAGAGAUAUGUGGGAUAAUCUCUUCGAGGAAGGUUAUGCAGCUGAUGUUUAUCUCAUUACUGAAGACAAUGGAACUGUUCCUGCACAUUUCUGUGUUCUGAGCAUUGCAUCACCUGUUCUGGGGAAGUAUCUUCAGGAUUCCAAACUUAAGGAUGGUGUUCGAUAUGUCAAGAUUCCUGGAGUACCUAAUGGAGCUGUCUGUGCUUUUAUCCGUUUCUUGUACUCCUCUUGCUAUGAAGAAGAGGAUAUGAAGAAGUUUGUACUCCACUUAUUGGUUCUGUCACAUUUUUUUGUUGUUCCCUUAUUGAAACGAGUCUGUAUGCGGUAUCUGGAGAACAACUGGCUGAACACAGAAAAUGUAAUAGAUGUGCUCCAAUUAGCAAGGCAGUGUGAUGCACCCAGGCUAACCUUUGUAUGUAUCCGCAUGGUCGUCAGACACUUCAAAACUGUUGCAUCCACUGAAGGAUGGAAGGUCAUGAGGCGUGUUAAUCCUGCACUCGAACAGGAGCUUUUAGAAGCUGUUGUUGAAGCAGACUCUAGAAAGCAAGAGAGGCAGAAUAAGAUGGAAGAGAAAAAGGUAUACUUACGACUGCACAAGGCAAUCGAAGCCCUGCUUCAUAUAUGCAAAGAUGGUUGUAGCACAAUAGGACCUCGAGACAAGAUGCUAAAAGGCGGUGAAGUUUCUUGUGGUUUCCCAGCAUGCAAGGGGGUUGAAAUGUUAGUCCGCCAUUUUUUCAUUUGCAAGACUAGAGUUCCAGGCGGGUGUGUUCAGUGCAAGCGUAUGUGGCAGCUUCUAGAACUUCAUUCGCGCAUGUGUGAUGUCCCUGAAUCUUGCAAUGUUCCUCUCUGUAGGCACUUCAAGGAAAAAGUGAGGCAACAAAGUAAGAAAGAUGAGGCAAAGUGGAAGCUAUUGGUAAGAAAAGUGAUAGAAGCAAAGAACUCGAAUCAUUUCGCUGCUAGGUUCUCGGGUUCUUCUUGACCAUGUUAACCUCAAUGUGAAUUGGGAAGACAGUAUAUGUAUACGCCUCCAUGUAUUAGUAGUGAGGGAAAUUAUAGUUAUUCAGUAACUCAUGAAUAACAACAAAUCAAUGGAAUUAGGUAUUCCUCCAAACUAAGGGGAUAUUCUAAUGUAAAUCUUUCAAAGAUGUAGAUACAAAUAAUACCUAGAUUUCGAUUUUUCCUCUGUAUGACAAACUUUGUUAAAUCAUACCGUAGAGGAAACAGCAAAAUGCUGCUUAAUUAGCUGUUAUUUUUCUCAACACAGCUAUAUGAUUAUAGGAAUGUGCUUUUGGACUUUUUCA